AUGCUGCUCAUUUUAUGCGCUCAGUUACUGCUCAUCAGUUUGCUGCGGGGCACGCUUCGGAGGCACUAUAAUCAGUGUGUUGAAGAAAUCAAAAAACUUGUCAACCAGAUGUACGGUACUAAAGUGGAAUUGUCGACGGACAAAGGUGGUGCUCUUGAUAAUAUCGUGAUAACGGCGACGCCAAAUGCGCAGUCAACUAUGGUGACAUUGGCACUGGGUACGGGAGCAGCUGUGAACCCUCCUAAAAGGUCUGCUAUGAAAGAGGCUAUAAGAAAGCUCAAAACAUUGGCGAUGGGUCUAGAUAACUUGGAGAAGCGUCCGGCUUCUCCCUUGCCGGAAACCGAUAAAAAUGAAAAGAAGGAAGAAAAGUUGCUACCAUCCACUCCCGUUGAGCCCACUGCUCUAAAGAAAGAUGAUCAUUAUUUCUCAGUGAGGAAUGAGAAGCCAGAGCUGGUACCCGAAAAGCAAAAGUUGCCAUCUCCCGCUCCCGUUGUACCGACUCCAACGAAAGACGAACAUUAUUUUUCAGUUAGAAAAGAAAAAGUUGAGGUUGCAGUGCCUGAGCAGAAGCCUCAGAAGGAAAAAUUGCCACCUCCUGCUCCUCUUGAGCCGAACACUCCGAAGAAAGACGAACAUUAUUUCUCAGUCAGAAAGGAGAAAGUAGAGGUUGCAGUACCCGAACAGAAUCCUCAGAAGCAAGCAUUGCCACCUCCCACUCCUCUCAAGCCAAAUACUCAGAAAAAGGAGGAAGAUUUCUUUUCGCUUCCCAAAACGAAGACUUAA